AUGGGUCAAGAGGAAGCGUUUGUACCAAAAUACCCAUACCGUGAGCUGGUGGGCGCGUUUAUGUACAUCGCCACAUGUACACGACCGGACAUUGCGCAUGCGGUUGGCGAAGUUGCGAAGUUUUGCGAGCGCUACGACAAGUCGCAUUGGACAGCAGCAAAGCGGAUUCUCAAGUAUCUGAAGACGACUCAAGACUUAAGCAUCGUUUUCAGCGGCAUCAACAAGGGAGAGCUGAUCGAAUUCGCGGAUGCAAACUGGGCUGGCGACCUCGACACGCGGCGUUCGACAACAGGAUACGUUUUCUUUCUGAACGGAAGCGUUAUAUCGUGGAAUUCGAGGCGUCCCAACAAUGGCCGCGACCUCAAGUACUGA